AUUCCUCGGCUGUUUUUCCCGCUGCUGAGAACAUUGAAAGGGGCGGCCAUGGAAAAGUUGCAGGAUUGCAGGGAUUCCUUGUUUACAUCCUCCCGGAGCGCGCCGGGGUGGGCGGUUAGCUCCGCCCCCAUUCUUCUGGGCUGACGUCAUUGUCGCUUAGUGUUUUUUAUGAAUGAAAGAAUCCAACCUCAGAGCGCAGCGGAGUAAUUCCGGGAAAAGGCGGACUGACAUUUUGUCGCCAGAGUCGCGUCGAAUCAGCAGAGUCUGAAUCUGUUUGAAGAGCCGAAGACAAUCGGAUCAUGACGACAGAGAGGAGCAACAAAGCCCUGAAGGUGAAGCAGGAGUGCGGGGAGAACGUUCCCUUCCUGUCGGACAGCGAGCUGAUGUCGCUCUCCGUGCGGGAGCUGAACCUCCACCUGCGGGGCCUCUCCCGCGAGGAGAUCCAGAAGCUGAAGCAGCGCCGGACCCUGAAGAACCGCUAUGCCGCCAGCUGCGCUCUUCAGCGGGAGGCGCUGGAGCAGCAGAAGAUGGAGCUGCAGAGGGAGGUGGAGCGGCUCGGCGCCGAGAACGCCGGCAUGCGGAAGGAGCUGGAGGGGCUGGGCGCGCGGCUGGCCGCCCUGCAGCGGUUCGCCCGCGGCCUGGAGGCCGGCGGCGGCACGCUGCUGGCCACGGCGCCGCGCCUCAACACCGCCUCCGUCAUCACCAUCGUCAAGAGUCCGCAGCAGCCGCAACAACAGAGAGAGCAGGAGCCGUCCUAGGGGAACCGGAACCGGAACCAGGGGGAUGAGAGGGGGGCGGGGUCAGGUGGUCUGCAAUGCAAACAAACACAGAGGCGUGGAAAUUCAGAACAAACACACAGGAUGCACAGACUGGGUCAGUAGGAAAAUACUAAACAUGCUCUCUGCACCUUUUUCACGUUAAGCGGAAGUGAUUUACCUCAGUGCAGUAAAGUGUGCGUCGUUGCCUAGCAACAGCAGCUUAGCUUUUCUAUCCGGGAGCAGAAAGUUACCUGUCCUCGCGCCACACCUGAACCGGACCGACACCAGAGUUACUGUACCGUAUUGCUGCAGACAGGAAGUGGGCGGUUCCUCAGCGCAAACUCUGAUUGGCUCAUUCCAGCAGCAGAAACUGAAACUGUUGAUCCAAUACCAAGUAAAUACAAGACCAAGAUACCGGUACCGAUACUUUCUAUUACCAUCAAACGUUUGACCUUCAGCUGUUUUUGUGGUUUUACAUUUGAAUUAUGUCAUUAAAAGUCAAGACAGAAUUUGGACAAAAUUUUAACUUGUCUACAAAAUACUUUUAGAAUAUAUUAUUAUGAACAGAAACAGUAGAAAAUAAAUAUGUUGAAGCUCUUAUUUUGAAAUUAAACCGGAAGACUUAAUUCCGAUCACAGAGAUGUAAGCUAGUGAUAGCUAAGCUAAUAUUAAGCAGAACGUGAAAUGACGCUUUAAUUUCGUCCAAUCAGGUUUGGUUUUGUCGUCCAAUUGAUUUAGUUUGUCCAGUCAGGUGUGUCAAAACAACAUAUUUUGGGAGAGGAAGGGGGGGGGGAAACGCCUACUUCCUGUCUGAAGUUCUGGGUUCUGUCAUAUUCUGAUCCCACCGUCCAGACUAGCAGUGGAUAUUAGCCUACCAUAGCAGUGACUGUUAGCUGUCCCGCGUCUCAAAUGUUAAAGAUGCGACCGGAAGUGUUACUGGGUUUACUUCCCCCGCUGUACUCCUCCAUCAUGGCGGCCAUCAACGCAGUGCCUUCGGUUCACGCAGAACCCAAACAAAGAAAAGCAGAAGCUAACCACUCCUCCUUUCCCUUUUUAGAGCCGCUGCACUUUCAGAAUGACUGCUGUGGAUUUUCUAGGUUUUCAAACCUAUAACACACUCACUCACAUCAAUCAUUUCAUAAAUGUGCAGUAAUUUGGGUUCCGUCAGCUUCAGUUUCAUUACAAACAGACUUUAUCUCCAGGCUUCGUUCAGACCCUCGUCGCUCCUUCUCGCCUCGAUGCAAAUCCUCUGAAACAUUCCAGUUUUGUGUUAUUUGUAACGUCCGUAUGUGCUGCAGAGACGAAAAUGUUGAGUGACAUUUUUAAGAGAUAUAUAUUCUAUAUUUUAUUUGUAUUUAAAGGUAGAUAUUCUGAAAAGACAAGCUAACGAGUGCUGUGAUGUUCUACAUGUUUUCAAAAGUACUUAUGACUAGUCUGAGAAGAUUCUCACGUCUAAUUAUUAUUACUGUGUUGUGUGGCGACAAAGAUUACAAAACGUUAAUGAUUAGCUGCGUAGAAAUACUCAAAGCCAACGGCCAUAUUGAUGUAUGAUUAUUUUUCUGUGUGUGUUUGUGUUUUAUUGCCAUAUUUGUACCAGCUCGUCGCAGCAGAUUCCAGGGAGGGACAUUUAUUUUUCUACGAUGACGUUUGUUUAAAAAAAGAAGAAGAAGAAAAUCUGGGGAGACAGAAAGCUAAAGAAAGAUGGCGGAAGAGAUGGAAACAGAAAGUAGAGGCUGGAAGAGAAAGUGCAGAGAGGACGGCUGGUUGACUUGAAGAAAUGGAGACAUGUUUAGGCCACUGAAUAUUCAUAGCAAUAUAGAUACGAGUAGGAAUUAUAACACCAACCAUGCUGCAGAGUAAGACAUGUUUAGCUAAGUAUGAGCAUUUAUUCCCGAUAUCUUAACGUUCUUCCAAUCGUGCUGGAUGUUUUGUAAUACCUGCAAAACAAAAAUGGUAUUUGUAUUUAUUACCUGUAUUUUUUCUAUUGUGAAAAUUUAAGUACAUUGUCUAUUUUAUAUAUUAAUUAUAAUAAAUGUUGUACAUAUUGUACAUAAAACAA